AUGUCGUCCACCAAGGAGAACAAAGAGAACCAGGCGAUGCCCCCCAGCCAGCGCCGCCGGGGAAACAGCGAGCUUCACUUUCCCGGCUCGACGCCGCUCGACUCGGAGCGCCUCAUCGCCAUGCUCACGAACCUCGACGAGUCGAUGCGCCACGACGAGGAAAGCAACAACACCAGCAGCAGCAGCAGCAUUACCUCCUCAGUCCUCCCGCAGGCGCCGUCCGCGGAUGAGGACCCCGCCGCCGACAAGCACAACCUGGAGAUCCUGAACAUCCGCGGUCUCCACCCCGUCGACCUCGCCAAGACCACGAGCCUGCAGAUCUACAACCUGGCCGACAAGGCGGCGCGCAACCGCGAGCUGAACGUGGCGCAGGCGAUCAAGGGCGUCGACGCGGCGUGGACCUUCGAGCCCUUCUGGUUCUUCUUCUACGGCUCACUGCAACUGCCGCGCGUGCUGGCCCGCGUGUGCUGGCUGGACCGCAAGGGCGACGAGGAAUUGGUGAUGCGCAAGGGCGCCAGUAUUGGGGGGUGGAAGAUCAUGCUCUGGGGCCCCUUCCCCGCGCUCGUCCCCUCCGCCGACGAGGCCCGGGUCCAGGGCAUGGCGUGGAAGUGCGAGCGGCCCGAGCACCUGGCGGCGCUCGCGAGCUACGAGACCGACGCGUACCGCCUCGAGUACUGCAAGGUUACCAUCGAGAGCAGCGACGAGAACGGCGCCAAGAAGGUCGAGGUCAUCGACAACGCGCGCACCUUCGUGUCCACCGAGGAGGCUGACGACCUCGACGAGGGCGAGUGGCUUCUCGAGGAGUAUGUCAAGACUCAUAUGGUGGGUACUUCCAUCUAG